AUUAUGGAAUUAAAAAAGAGAUAAAUAGAAAAAUUAGUAAAGGAAUUAGCUGGCAGUAAGGGAUAACCGGCCUGUCAGUAACCAAACCCAAGUACUCGACCUUUUUCUCCCAUCCACAGGUCAGAAAACACAACACACUCUCUCUCCUUCUCUUUCUCUCUCUAAAAAUAUAUAUAUAUAAAAACAAUACAUACAUACACACGAAGAAGAAGGAAGGAAAAAAAAAAAAAAAAAGACACAAGAGAGUCGUACUAUCGUAGUAUAUAAUAAGACCAAUUUAUUAGAAUUCCCAUUUUUUUUUUAUUAAAAACAAAAGAAAAAAGAGAGGAUGGGACCCACCUACACAGUAUAACUCGGCCGCCUUCUUUGUCGUCUCUGUCGUCUCCGUUCACCUCCGUCGUUGCUUUGCCUUUGACUCUCUCUCUCUUCUCUUCUCUUUAGUCGUGUAACCCAUUACUCUUUCUUUCUAUUUUAGCUUUGAUCCUCACUUUCUCUCUCUUGAGUGUUCUGAGCGUAUUCUGCUCCCUUAUUACAGAGAAGAAAGGAAGAAGAAGAAGAAAAAGAAGUGUCUUUACCUUGUUGCUUAUUCAGUAAACCCCAACACCAAAACACGAAACAAGAAAGUGGGUACAAGUUUGAUAAGGAAACAGGGGAAGAGAGAGAAAUAUAGAUAACCCCAUUUCGGGAUUUUAUUUAUUUUUGCUCUAAUCCCCAUCUAAUCUUUUCUCGUCUUCUUCCAAACUUUAAGCAAAAAGUGGGGAAAAGAAGGAAGAAAAACUAUAAUGAGAAAUAAACAGGGUUUUUCUCUUUGGAUUAGUGUUGGGUUUUAGGCCUGUGUUUGUGGAUUUUGAAUCAUUUUUUUUGGUGCUUUCGGUGUGGAGAGAGAGAGAUAUAAGAAAGGGGGUGACUUAUGGCUGGUGAUAAUGAAGUCAACCUCAGUGAAUCUAAGAGAGUGGUUCCGCUUAACACAUGGGUACUCAUCUCCAAUUUCAAGCUAGCAUAUAAUCUUCUUCGGCGGUCUGAUGGAACUUUCAACCGUGAGUUGGCAGAGUUUCUUGACCGUAAAGUUGCUGCCAAUACUAAUCCUGUUGAUGGGGUUUUCUCAUUUGACCAUGUCGAUCGAGCCACUGGUCUCCUCAAUCGAGUUUAUAAACGUGCCCCUGAAAAAGAAGCUCAAUGGGGUCUUGUAGACCUUGAAAAGCCCCUGAGCAACACCAAGAUUGUUCCAGUCAUCGUUUAUUUCCAUGGUGGAAGCUUCACUCAUUCAUCUGCAAACAGUGCCAUCUAUGACACUUUUUGUCGUCGACUUGUUAACAAUUGCCAAGCUGUUGUUGUCUCUGUAAAUUACCGUCGAUCACCCGAACACAGGUACCCUUGUGCAUAUGAUGAUGGUUGGGCUGCUCUCAAGUGGGUCACAACAAGAAGUUGGCUUAAAAGUGGUAAAGACUCUAAGGUUCAUGUAUACCUUGCUGGAGAUAGUUCUGGUGGUAAUAUUGCUCAUCAUGUUGCUGUGAGAGCAGCUGAAUCUGAUGUUGAGGUAUUGGGAAACAUUCUUUUACACCCCAUGUUUGGUGGGGAGUGUAGAACAGAAUCAGAGAAGAGAUUGGAUGGUAAAUACUUUGUUACAGUUCAAGACCGCGAUUGGUAUUGGAGAGCUUAUCUUCCUGAAGGAGAAGACAGAGACCAUCCAGCUUGUAACAUAUUUGGCCCAAGGGGUCAAAGCUUGGAGGGUGUUAAGUUUCCUAAAAGUCUUGUUGUUGUGGCUGGUUUGGAUCUUGUCCAAGAUUGGCAAUUAGCUUAUGUCCAAGGGCUCGAGAAUUCCGGUCAGGAUGUGAAGCUCCUUUACCUAAAGCAAGCCACAAUUGGGUUCUACUUCUUGCCAAAUAAUGAACACUUCUAUUGUCUAAUGGAGGAGCUGAAGAACUUCGUCAAUCCUAACUGUUAAUAACUACUUAACUUUACCUACAGGCAGCCAUACAUAGCAGAAGAAGCUUGACAUUUCACUUGGGUCUUUUUUUUCCCCCCCUUUUUUCACAGUGAUGGUGUGUAGAUGUAAGAUUGUGUAGUAUUAAUUCUUACCAUAUUUGUUAUUAUUAUUAUUAUUAUAUAGAUCAUUUGGUGGUGGUGUUUUUGAGAGUUCUGCUGCUUGGACUAGUUUGUUCUAGCUUCAUCAGCUUGGAAGGAUCAGAACUCAUCAAUGGGAUUUGGCAGAACCACCAUUACCAGAACUACUUCUACUACCCUGGCUUAACUUUUGGCCAUGAAUGAUGAUGGGAAGGAGAGCAUUGUUGGGGGUAAAAGUUACAAAAGCAAAACACACUUGGUGGUUUGCUGAGUCUUUGUCUUAGUAAAAUGCAUACAUAUAAGCACUAAUUUCAGAAACAUGAAAUGGAAUAUCUCCAUUCUGUUAUGAACUUUGUAUGUUACUUAUAUUACUUAUACGAGUUGUGUUCUAGACUUAAUAUAAAACAUCAAUGUUUUGUUCUUAAA